AUGAGUACCCACGUCCUAUGCGACACACAAUCUCCGUAUUCCGAUACUUCUUCACAACAUUCAGACUUAUCGUGUUAUUCAGACUCGCGCAGCAUCGAGAACUGGUUGAAGGUCGUCUUCGCGGCGCGUAACCGGUCGGAGAAAGGCCGCGCCGGUGCUGCGCCACGACAUUCGCGAGCCACCUACCACACGGCAAAAUCGUGUUCGACCGCUACGAUACGGACAAGAACGAUGCGAGACAACAAACGAAGAAAUGCAAGGGUAACGAGAUCGAAGAGUCGUCGGAAGCCCACUACGGAGGAGAUUGGGUCGGUGGAGGUAAACGUUGCGGCGUUGCAUAUCGCGGAGGGGAAUGAGAGAGAGAGAAACAUGGAAGACAUAGACGACAGCCGCACUGCAAAAUGUCCUCUCUCGGAACUACCGUUGCUCAGUCAGCCUGACCUCACCGUUCUACAGUCUACCACAUCCGCACACCGCUGGAAGUCUGCCGAUACCCUAUCCGAGAGGACGUACUUGGGCCUACUGGCCCCAAGCGAUUUUUGGUGA